AGAGACAGAGAGACAGGCAGGGUAGAGGUAGUGAAGGUGUCAGUGUGAGAAUCUGAUAAUUAUUCAGAUCAGCUUCAGAGACACAACCUGUUCAGGUAGAACCAACUUAAAGCUGCAGUUUGCUCAGGUCUCCUCCCGUCACGCCUCCUCCUCCUCCUCCUCCUCCCCCCCUCACCUGUGACCCUGGAGCAGGGAGGCUCAGACAGGUGUGUUGUGUGUGUGUCUCAGGGAGCCGAGGAGCCGGGUCCAUCGCCCUCCGCAGCAGGCGUCCUCCAUGUGUGCCUGCAGCGGGCCGGCCGGCUGGAGCUGUGGCUGCAGGAGGCCCAGAGGAGCCUGGUGACGUGCACGAUGCAGGAGAACGUGGAGCAGCAGCUGCUCACCUGCCAGGAGAUGUUCCUGGAGAUCGAGCAGAAGGUGAGGAGUCUGUCAUCACUCGGUCACGUUUCUGACCUGCAGCAGCACCUGGGAUCAGAGCUGGGAGCUGAACUGGGACCUAAACUGGGAGCUGAACUGGGAGCUGAACUGGGAGCUGUGGGAUCCCAGCAGGAGGCCGCUGAGUUGCUCUCCUCCAAACUGGAGCUCCUGAAGUCGGACCUGGUCUCAUUCCAGCAGGUGCUCCAGGACCGACAGGAAGAGGAGAGGACGACCAACCACAAAGAGCCACAGUUGGUACCUGACGCAGAGCGCCACCUUGAGUCCAGGUUGAGGCGCAGCAGCAGUGUUCAGGAGAUCUUCUCCUCCCCGAGGAACAAGCUCCUCAGACAGAGCAGCCUGCAGCAGCAGAAGGAGCUGGAGCAGGAACUGAGUGAACAGCGAGGACUGACUCAGGCCAUCGCUCGACAGGGCAGCAGAGCUCGACUUCACGGCCACGAGUCAGAGGACCGCACCCAGCUGUCACCACGUUCGCCUCCUGCUGAGGCUGAUGUGGUCGGCGGCGGCGUUCCCUCGGCGUGGGACGGUCUUCACAGCCGGCUCCUGGCUCUGGAGGAGAGCUGGCUGCUUCCUCCCUCUGAGGUGACAGACUCAUCUACGAGGCGUAGUGAUGGAACAGAAAACCUGAAAGAGCUUCGGACCCUAAUCAUCCACCUGAGAGAGCUGGGAGCUCCAGCUGCAGAACCUCUGGAUGAGGUUUCCUCUGUGGACGUCCCCCAUCAGACUCUGGACCAGGGCUUGUUCCACGUGCUGCUCAGAGCGUCCCUGUCUCUGUCCUCCAUCAAUAACCUGCUGCACUCACCUGCUGAGAGGACGCAGGAGGAGGAGGAGGCUCAGCUGAGGCUGCAGCUGCUGCAGAGUCUGUCGGCAGAGCUGGCGACCCUUGGCGGGGAGCUGAGCUCGCGGGGGUCAAAGGUCACGUCUGUCCCGGGGUCGGAGUGUGGUCGGCGGUGUGUGGACGACCUGAGCAGAGUCCUGCCUGUGGUCCAGGCGGCUCUGAGCGGCAGAGAGAAGCAGCUCAGGAACCUGCAGGAGGAGACGGCACAGCAACAGAGACGCCUUAAAGAGUUGCAUGCAGCCUUCACCUCUAACCAGUCGACUGUUCGUCAAAUAACCUGUGACCUCAAUGGAACGCUGGGAGCCAAUGGGCAACUACAGGCUGUGAUGCAGGUGCAGGAGUCUCUGCAGCUGCAGGUCCAGCAGGUAAACUCUCUGCUGGAGGAGGCGGAGCAUCACAACCUGCCGUCCUCCCUCCUCCACCAGGCCUCACAGCUGCAGGGUGAGCUGGACACGUCUCUGGGGGGUGUUGGCUCCUGCUGUGAGGAGCUGAGGAGCAGCGUGGAGCUGCAGCAGCUGUACGAGCGGCUGGUCCUCAGCCUGGAGGAGCUGCUCACUCUGGGCUCUGAACGCCUCACGCCUGACCCGGAGCUCCAGAGCAGAGCUCAGCUCCAGCAGCAGCUCAGCGCUCACACGAAGUUCUUCCAGUUCCUGGGCCAUCACUCCAGGACCCUGCAGUACCUGACCUGGAGACUCCCAGAGGACGCCCUCCAGAGGCGGGACGGCGUCACGACGGGCCUGCAGGACGAGGUGGCCCGACAGCAGCAGCGCGCUCUGGAGAAAGGAACCAGGAUGCAGGAAACAUUACAGGUGUGGUGUCAGUGGGAGGAGGACGUGGCCUGGGCCGAGUCCCUGCUGAAGGAAACUGCAUCUCCCAGGAUGCACCAGGGGGGUGACAGUGAGGAGACGUUAUCUGAGGAGCUCUCUGGCCUCCAGUUUGGAGAAGUUCUGCAGGCGAACGAGGCGCGGUUCAGUCGGGCGCUGGAGGCGGGGCUACGGCUGCAGAGGUGGGGCUGUAAAGGAGUGGGUGUGGCCACCAGUGAGCUGGAGGCCCGAUGGAGAGCCGAGCGCCAGAGAGCGGACAGUGAACGCACCACGCACGACCGGGAGAGGAAACUGAGCAACAGGUUUGUUCGUGUCUCUGCGGCUCUGAGCGACUGGACGCUCGAGGCCAGAGAGCUGAUGAGCAGAUGGAGUCCGUUCGGUGUCGCAGCCUCGGAGGAGAUGGAUGUGGAUCAGAGACACGAGCACUUCCUGCAGUGUGUGGCUUUGAGGAAGCAGCUGGAGUCCAGAUGUGACCUGAAGGUCUCCGUGAUCGGAGCCGGUUCUCAGCUGCUUCAACUGAGGGAAGCGGUCGGACGCUCGGACUCAAACGUGGAUGACAGCAAGACUUCGGACCCACGUCUCUGCUCCAUCGUCUCCCAGCUCCGACAGACGGAGGCGGACUGGUCCAGUCUGGUCGCUGAGGUUCCUGUCGUCCAGAGAGCGCUGCACCAGCGUUGGAUGGAGAUGCUGACCCAGCAGGGGGCGCUGCAGGAGCUGCAGGUCUGGCUCGGAGCUGCAGAGUCCCGGCUGCAGGAGGAUCGCAGCAGCAUCAACCGAACAUCGUCCACUCUCACUGAUCUCAAGCAGCAACUGAGAUCCUGCCAGGAGUGUGAGGUGGAGCUGUCGGCCCAUCAGGCCACACUGGACCUCGUGAACCAGCCAUCGCAGACCUGCAGUACCGAGGGUGGCCAGACGGGGCGCUACGAUCAGAACCAGUUUGCAGAGGACCAGGGUCGCCUCAACCACCAGUGGCUCCGGUUACAGGGGACGCUCAACUCUCAGAUCCAGGAGCUGGAGCAGGAUCUGCGGAGCAGAGCGGAGCGAGAGGCUCGACUGCAGCAGAUCAACAUCUGGAUCACAGAGCAGAACCUCUGGAUGGACUCGGCCCAGACGCCGAGCAGCCGGACGGAGCUGCAGAGGAGCGUCACCCGCUGCCAGGACCUGGAGGAGAAGAUCCGGCAGAAAGCUGCAGCUCUUCAGGAGCUGAGAGAGAAACUCUGUGACGGACGAGGAGACGACGGCAGUGACUUUAUCUCUCAGAUCGAGAAAUCCAUCCAGAUGUGUGCAGAUCUCACACAGCGGAGUGACUCGGUGAAGCUGAGGCUGAUCCCGGCUCAGCAGCUGUGGGACCGCGUGGAGACGAGUCUGAAUCAGAUGAAGCUGAAAACACUGAGCGUGUCUCAGACUCUGGUUUAUCACAGCGACCCUCAGCUCUGCCUGCAGGCGCACAGGCGUCUGCAUGAACGGCUGCAGCUUCUUCACGAGGAGACAGAAGCUGCAGAGUCUCUGAGGGACGAGCUGAGUCAAACCGUCUCGUCCCUCAGAGACAUCAUCAGUCCUGAGGCUGCUGCGCUUCUCACCGAGCAGCUGGACAGACACACACACAGUUGGACCGUGGCGUCUGGAUCUGUGCACCAGCAGCUCCAGAGGAGUCAGGGGGUCCUGCAGGUCUGGGAGGUCCACGGGCGUCUGGAGGCGUCUUUCUCCCGACAGCUGCAGCAGCUGCAGAGCGACGUCACGUCCGCUCUGAGCGCGGCGCCUGCAGAGGACAACAGCACGGAGCAGGUCGCUGUCAAGGUGGACAAGCUUCAGAGUCUCCUGCAGAGGGCGGACACUUCGCAGUCUGACCUGCAGGGGGUGCUGGAGGCCUCCAAGGACUUGACUGGUCACCUGGAACCUUCGGCUGCUGCUCUGGUCCAAUCCCAGAGCAGGGUGUUGACACGUGGUGUCCUGCAGCUCGUCCAGAAGCUCACAGGGGAACUGGGUCAGCUGCAGGAGGAGCUGAGGCGGCUGCAGGAGUUUGGAGGCGUCCUGGAGUCAGUGGAGAGAAACCUGGAGGUUUGGACGCAGCGUCUGGACAACGUGGCUCAGGCAGGAGACCAGUCCGGCCUCCUGGAGCUGAGCGGCCGGUCUGCUGACCUGGACGUGCUCAACGAGCUGAGCUGCAGCCUGACGCCGGGCGACGCCGCAGCACGACACCUGCAGCGCCUCAACCGGCGCUGGGCCGACGCCGCCGCCAGAGCUGAGGAGGCCUGCAGUGAGCUGCAGACGGAGUCGCUGAGGCAGCAGAGCUUCGAGCAGAAGUGUGGGAGCUGGAUGUCCUUCCUGCAGAGGAUGGAGGACGGUCUGGCUGUGGACGUGGCCGGAUCGUACGCCGGCCUGCGGCAGCAGCUCUGCACACACAAGCGGUUCCAGGCCGAGCUGUCCACCGGUCACCAGAUCCUCCACUCGGUCAUCACUGAAGCUCUGCACCUGCUGCAGAGAGGAGAGGUGGACGACAGGAGUGACUUCAUCCUGAAGCUGGCCCAGCUCAGGGAGCACUGGCAGGGGGCGGUGCAGCGCGCCGACCAGCGGCGCUCCCUGGUGGAGGGGCUGGUGAGGCACUGGCACCUGUACAACCGCAGCCUGAAGAAGCUGCAGAAGUUCCUGUCGGACACGCACGCCCUGCUGCCCCCCACCGGGCCCCCCCGCUGCAGCCUGCAGCAGCUCAGGCGCUCGCUGAGAGACCUGCAGCACACAGAGCUGCUCUUCCAGAGGUAUCAGUGCAGUUUCAUCCACACGCUGGAGGUCGGCCGGCAGCUCUUUGCCAUGGGGGACGAGGACACCCAGACUCAGCUGCAGACGGAGCUGGGGACCCUGCAGGAGGAGUGGGACAGCCUCCACUCUCAGCUGGGCCGGAGGGUGGACCUCACCGAAGCCAUCGUCAAGAACUGGGAGCGCUGCGAGGCCGGGCUGGCCGGCAGCGACCUGCAGCUGAAGGACGUGAAGACGCUGGUGAACCAGCUGAUUCCAGAGUGGGACGAGGAGCUGCAGAGGAACGAGAGACUCAACAAGGAGAACGAGGACUCCCUGGUGGACUGGGCCGAGAGCCUGACGGAGCUGAGCACCAUGAAGACGGAUCUGUCCCAGUACAUCAUCGCUGACGACGUCCUGCUGCUGCAGGAGCAGGUGGAGCACCUGCACUGUCAGUGGGAGGAGCUGUGCCUCAAGGUGUCUCUGCGCAAACAGGAGAUCGCCGACCGCCUGAACGCCUGGAUCAUCUUCAACGAGAAGAACAAGGAGCUGUGCGAGUGGCUGACGCAGAUGGAGAACAAGGUGCCGAACAGCUCCGACCUCAACAUUGAGGAGAUGGUGGAGAAGCUCAAGAAGGAUUGUAUGGAGGAAAUCAACCUAUUCAGCGAGAACAAAACGCACCUGAAGCAGCUCGGAGAACAGCUCAUCAGCGCCAGCAACAAGACGAAGGAGACGGAGAUCAACGACAAGCUGAAGGACAUCAACGAGCGCUGGCAGCAUCUGUUCGACCACAUCGAGGCCAGGGUGAGGAAGCUGAAGGAGACGCUGGUGACGGUGCAGCAGCUCGACAAGAACAUGAGCAACCUGCGGACGUGGCUGUCGCGCAUCGAGGCGGAGCUCGCCAAGCCGGUGGUCUACAACGUCUGCCACGGAGAUGAGAUCCAGAGGAAACUGGCCGAGCAGCAGGAUCUGCAGCGGGACAUCGAGCAGCACACGGAGAGCGUGACGUCGGUGCUGACGCUGUGCGACGUCCUGCUCCACGAUGCCGACGCCUGCGGCACCGACUCGGAGAACGACUCCAUCCAGCAGACCACCCGGAGCCUGGACCGGCGCUGGAGGAACAUCUGCGCCACGUCCAUGGAGAGGAGGAUGAGGAUCGAGGAAACCUGGCGCCUCUGGUGUAAGUUCCUGGACGACUACUCUCGCUUUGAAGACUGGCUGAAGAGUGCCGAGUUCACCGCCGCCGACCCCGACUCGGCCGGCGUCCUCUACACCAGCGCCAAGGAGGAGCUCAAGAAGUUCGAGGCGUUCCAGCGGCAGGUUCACGAGCGCUUGACUCAGCUGGAGCUCGUCAACAAACAGUACCGCCGUCUGGCCCGGGAGAAUCGAACCGACGCCGCCAGCAAGCUCAAAGUCCUGGUGCACGAGGGGAACCAGCGGUGGGACAGUCUGCAGAGGAGGGUGGCCGCCGUGCUCCGCAGACUCAAGCACUUCACCUCUCAGAGAGAAGACUUCGAGGGAACCCGAGAGGCGAUCCUGGUCUGGCUGACGGAGAUGGACCUCCAGCUCACCAACGUGGAGCAUUUCUCCGAGAGCGACGUCGAGGACAAGAUGAGACAACUCAACGGCUUCCAGCAGGAAAUCACCCUCAACACCAAUAAAAUCGACGCCCUCAUCGUGUUCGGGGAGAACCUGAUCCAGAAGAGCGCUCCUCUGGACGCCGUGCUGAUCGAGGACGAGCUGGAGGAGCUGCACUCCUACUGCCAGGAGGUGUUUGGACGAGUGGCCCGAUUCCACCACCGCCUGGUCAACAGACGCCCGGUGCUGGAGGAGGAGAGGGAGCUGUCGGACCGGGACUCGGACCUGGAAGACUCGACCGAUCUGACCAACGGGACCUCGUGGGGAGAAACGAGGAAGAAGGAAGAGGAAGCCCCAGCGGCGGGCGGCGUCUCAGCGGGACGCCAGGCCAUGUGUCACCUGGUGGCUCCUCCUCUGGAGCGGUCGGGAAGAGAGACGCCCGUCAGCGUGGACUCCAUCCCGCUGGAGUGGGACCACACCGUGGACGUGGGGGGGUCGUCGUCGCACGAGGACGACGAGGACGCCACCUUCUUCAGCGCGCUGUCAGAUGUGAAGGUCGCAGAGAGCUCAGAGGCGUUUGUUAAAGCCACCGUCAGAGCGGUGAACGCAGCCUCGGUCAAGUCGGUGACCGACCCCCCCAGCUGGCACCAGCCCCGCUCCCCCGACAGGAAACGAGUUCCCAGAGAAAUCAUCCGAGGCCUGAGCUCGUCCCCGACACACACCAGCAGUACCCCCUACCACCCGCAGGGCUACGCGAAGCUGAUGUCGGAGUGCAGCGGCAGCAUCGACUGCGUGAAGAGAGUGAAGCUGAUCCUGAACGACGAGGAGGAGGAGCUGGAGGAGGCGGGUCUGACGGGCAGCAUGGCCGACAAACACACCAGCACGGGUGUGAUCGAGCGCUGGGAGCUGCUUCAGGCUCAGAGGCUCAGCAGGGAGACGGGCAUCAAGCAGGACCUGGAGCAGUGGCAGAAGCUGAACUCUGACCUCUGCGAUGUCACUUCCUGGCUGGGCAGGGUGCUGCCGGAGCUGGGGAGGCUGCAGCGCAUCGCACCGUCCACCAGCAUCCGAGACAUCGAGGUCAACAUCAGGAAGCUGAAGGAGAUGCAGAGGAGCUUCAACAGCUACAAGUGUCCGAUGAUCUCCGUCAACCUGAACAGUCGCCACUUCCUGCGCGGCGACAGCGCCGAGCUGCAGGAGCUGCAGGAAGCUCUGAGCGCCGCCAACCUCAGCUGGACGCAGGCGUGCGGCGGCCUGGAGAGCUGGGAGAGGAGGCUGCACGCCGCGCUCAUGCAGUGUCAGGAGUUCCAGGAGACGCUGCACUCUCUGUUGUUGUGGUUGUCUCAGGCCGAGGACAGACUCCACGCCGUGAACGUCAGCGACCUGUCGACCUCCCGCUCCGUGCUGCUGCAGCGCAGAGACGCCCUGAUGGACCUGCAGGAGGAACUGCGCGGCCGUCAGCGCCAGGUGACCUCGCUGCAGGAGAUCUCGGCUCAGCUCCUCCUGGAGGCCACCGGACACGACAGCCUGGAGGCCAAAGAGAAGGUCCACGUCAUCGGCAACAAGCUGCAGCUCCUCCUGCGACAGGCGGCCGCUGACCUGCACAUGCUGCAGGGACGACUGGAAACCUGCUCUGCCACUUCUGAGAUGGACAGUAUCGGCCUGGGAACACUGAGCUCUGACCUGCUGCUGCACAAGUCGGACGCUCGUCGCCCGGCGGCUGCAGUCGGACGAACAGCCGCCAGAAGGGAGGAGCGGAGGGAUCCCCCCCCACGCCGACCCUUCUUCCUCCGGGUCCUUCGAGCCGCCUUCCCCCUGCACCUGCUCUUCCUGCUGCUGCUGGUUCUGGCCUGUCUGGUUCCUCUGUCCGAGGAGGACUACAGCUGCACCCUGUCCAACAACUUCGCCCGCUCCUUCUACCCGAUGCUGCGCUACACCAACGGCCCCCCGCCCACAUGAGCACCGCCGCGACCACGGCAGGCGUGAAAGACAACCACCCCCGGUUCAGGUUGAAAUCCAGAAGGACACUUCAGAGACACUGUCCCACAAAAACCCACCAGCUUCAUGUCUGAAGGCCUCGAUAUGUUUUUUAUUUGACUCUAAAUUUUAUUGGUGUAUUUAAAAUCGUAUAUUUAUUAUCUGUGCAACGCUACAGUUCUUCAAAACGAAGCCAUGUUACAAAGCAGUGUGGUUUUUAUAUGGAGAUUCGUCACGUCCCCACUGAACGUCUCAAACACACAAAAACAAGUACCUGAAGAUUUAUUUUGAUAUUUAUAUUUUGUACGUCCCCAGCCGUCUGGAGUUUGAAGGAUAAAGAGCAGUUGUUACCAAAGCAUCCGGAAGCUGAGAAGUUCACUCGCCGUUUUCUACCACUGCAGCUAUUUCUACUGAUUUUUCACAGAAGGCAGAAACUUGCUGGAAGCACAUUUUUGUACAGAAGUGAAAAGAGGUCGUGAGAUUUAAACGUUUUCAACAUCGGAGCUUUUAAAAAGCUAAACGAUGGCAGUGACUCUUCUGCACUGAAGCCUUUCUGUAGCCAACACAUAACGAUGUACCUUUCAUGGAUUUUGUAUAUAACAGCAAACUUCAGAUACAGAGAUAACGCAAAUUAUUGCUUUGUGUACGAAUAAGUGUUUGAGAUUAAUAUAAAGUUCAAAUAGUUCGAGUGCCACAAACACACAAUGUAAAAAAAACGAGGACAUAUUUUAUUGUAAAUGGUCAUAAAAGUCAAGAGCCGAACGUGUUUCAGAUUAAAGCUGCGUUCAACAACGAUUGACCACAAGGGGGCAGAAACACCAACUGACACACAACCACGAUAAAUCAGUCGUGUUAACUAAUCAAGUUCUUUAAGCAAACAUUAUACCUUUUGAGACCUUGUGAAAACUAGCGCUGCAUGAUAUAUCGAAAAAGAUACAUAUCGUGAAAGACUGCGUGAACUGUGAUAAAAAAAAUGUGCCUUACACGCUGCAUCCGUCAAUAUAUUUGACCAAUCAGAUGGAGCCCCGCCCCAGAUUAUAAAUUAGAGAUUAAAGAAUUACGUAGCUUCUUUAUUACAGACUCUCAACCUGAGGGAACGGUGACGGAGCACAAACACUCACACUGGUUACUUUCUCUCUCUCUGUCUCUCUCUCUCGCUUUGUCUCUCUCUGUCUUGAUCUGUCUCUUUUUCGCUCUUUCUCUGUCUCUCUCUUUCUGUCUCUCUGUCUCUCUGUCUCUCUGUCUGUCUAUGGACAGGACACAUCACAACCGAAUUUGUAAAGUUUAAAGUAUCUGGAGCUGGAGGAGAUGGCGGCUCACUGGGUUUGGCUCAGAGUCAGAGAGGAGCCGGUAAGAAUAAAACUUUUCACGGCCCAAACAACAACCUUGUGGUCCCUGCGUCCAUAAAACCAGGUUGUUGGAAUGGAAAUAACGCUUUUCAUUUUCAGUGUCUGCAUAGACCCUUAGCUGUGCAAAGCAGAAAGACUAGAACAACGUAUACUCGUAUCGUCAUCGCAACGUUCAACAAUGUCAUCGCAUGUUUUCCUGAUAUCGUGCAGCCCUGGUGUGAUUUUAAUAUCACAUGAGCGUCACACGUUCCAAAGAAAACCCACCCAGAAUCCUCCAUGUCAGCCCGGGAAGUAAAACCAGGAAUUAAACAUUAAAUACGUUAACACACAAAUACAAACACUUGUUGUUGUUGGUGUUGAACUUGUGGAAUUUACCUGAACUCUGAGCAGGAGGUGAAUGUAAGCGAUUCUUUGUUGAAUGUAGCCGUGAACAUGCACAAUCAUUCAUGUUGCUCAUUUUCAACGUUAAUAUGAAUAUCAGAGGAUUUUGUGUCGUUUGAUUUGAAACUUUUAAUCCUAAUUUGUAAAUAAUCUCUCGUGCUCGGCUCAGACGACCAAACACGACACAGACAAACGAGAAGAACGUGUGUAAAGUUUGAUUUAUUUUGUGAACACUUAUUUAUGGGAUGUAUAGAUUGUUGUUAUUGAUUGACAAUAAACUGUGUUUGCCAUGA